AUGGGCAGAAGGAAUAUCACACAUGUGUCUGACUUCAUCCUCAUGGGACUGACAGACUCUGAAGAAAUCAGGCUGGUCCUCUUCACCCUCUUCCUCCUGAUAUACCUGAUCACUGUGCUGGGCAAUGUGGGGAUGAUCCUGAUAAUCCGCCUGGAUUCCCAGCUUCACACACCCAUGCACUUUUUCCUCAGUCACUUGUCAUUUCUUGACCUCAGUUACUCAAGUGUCAUCACCCCUAAAACCUUAGACAAUUUACUAACUUCCAAGAAGAAUAUUUCAUACCUGAACUGCUUCAGCCAAAUGUAUUUCUUUGUCUUCUUGGGCGCCACUGAGUGUUUCCUUCUGUCCUCCAUGGCCUAUGAUCGCUAUGUAGCCAUCUGCAACCCACUGCAUUACCCCGUCGUUAUGUCCACCAGACGCUGCUGUUCUCUUGUCUUUGGAUCCUAUUUGAUUGGCUUCAUGGACACCUCUGUCAAUGUUCUGUGCUUGAGUAGAUUGCAUUUCUGCAACUCAAAGAUAAUUUAUCACUUUUUCUGUGAUGGACCAGCAAUUUUAGCACUGUCCUGCACUGACACACAUGACAUUGAAAUCAUCAUAUUCAUUUCUGCUGGCUCCACCCUCGUGGUGUCUCUUAUCACGAUAUCUGUGUCCUAUGUGUCCAUCCUGUCCACUAUCCUGAAAAUUACUUCCACUUCAGGGAAACAGAAAGCCUUCUCUACCUGCGCCUCCCAUCUCCUGGGGGUCACCAUCUUCUAUGGCACUAUGAUUUUCACUUACUUAAAACCAAGUACGUCCUACUCCUUGGGAAAGGAUCAAGUGGCUUCUGUUUUUUAUACUAUUGUCAUUCCCAUGCUGAAUCCCCUCAUUUACAGUCUUAGAAACAAAGAAGUAAAAAAUGCACCUAAUAGGGUCAUGAAGAAGAGAAAGGACUCCAAAUAA